AUGGAGGAAUUCUUGAAAGACAGUAAUUCUGAUUUUGGGAACUUAUCGAAGACCCAAUCGAAUCAGCAGCAAUAUAACAACCAAACUACCACCCCUGGGACAGUAUCCAGUGAAAAUUCGAAUAAUAUUAUGGGCGAUUUGGAUCCCUUCCAGUUCACAAUCGAUAAUAACGGUACGAACAUGAGCAAUUACAAUAGCAACAACACCAGCAACUCUAAUAACAACAACGGUAACAACUAUGGCAACUAUGGCAACACCGGAAACAACAGCAACAACAAUAACAAUAAUAGCAAUAAUCUCAAUGCCUAUAACCCUAACUUAGAUAACGAGUUCUUAAGUCCUACAACGAGUUACUCGAACGAUAAUAAUUUUGGAAUCUUUGGUUCAGGGGCAGGGGGGUAUGAUCCCCUUAUGGAGGAAUUAGGCUACACGAACUCCAAUCCUCUAGUUGGACCAUCUUCAUUCGGCGCUGGUGGAACCCUGCUGUUUGUUGGGCUGCCCUUGGGCCUGCCACAAUCACAAAGACUUCAAUCUAACUUCAUCAAUCCAAUGACCACAUCUAACUUGGAUGAAUUGAUAUCGCCCAGUAGUACGAUCGAUGGAACGAGCAUAAAUAAUAGUAACAACAACAAUAGCAACUCCUUCUUAAAUCCUCAGUAUUUCUCUCCACCAACUAGAGGAAGCAAUUUUAAUUCGUUGAACCCAAUUGCGGAGGGUAACUAUACUCCAUCACAUUCUAGACAUGGAAGCAUCAGCAUACCCUAUGAUAACAAUGACGUGAACAGAGGAGGAAACGUGGGAAGUAUUGGAGGCUACCUCUCGCCUUCCAAUUAUAUGUCACCUUUGACAAAUGUAAAUUCGUUGAAUGAGAUUAGAUCCCCACCAUAUAACCAAAGUCAAGGACAACAACAAGCUAAUUUAUACCUUAAUUCUCCUCCAGAAUUCCAGAUUUCCAAUGUGAAUUCAAAUUCGAACUCAAAUUCAAAUGCCAACGCCAACAGCAAUGCUAAUAUCAAUAUACCAAACUCAAACUCGUCUACGAACAAUAACUCAGCUAAUCCUCUAAUUGGGGUCACCAAACAAUUGGGUACAUCGCCAAAUACAAGCUCGUCUAAGCAAUUGACCAAGGAAGAAAAGUUGAAGAGAAGGAGAGAGUUUCAUAAUGCCGUAGAAAGACGUCGUAGAGAUCUAAUCAAGGAAAGAAUAAAAGAUUUAGGAAUUCUCGUUCCAUCAUCCUUACUAAAUCCUCAACUUAGUGCUGUGCAAGCAUUGCAGAGAAAUUCUCAAUAUAACUCUAGGGAAAUCAAUGAUAUAAUAUCCAAUGUUAAGGCAAAGGAAACCAAACCCAACAAGAGUACAAUUUUAAACAAAUCUGUUGAUUAUGUGGAGCAUCUUGAGUAUGUCUUAAAGAUGCAAAAGAAAGCAAGGGAGGAGCUUGAAUGGAAAAUCUCGCAAAUUGAAAAUGAUUUUCAACAACAAGGUGGGGAUCCAGAUUCUAAUAGUAACAUUAAGAUUGAGGAUUAUCUGAACUACGACAACUUCAACAAUACUAAUAACAGCAACAACAGCAAUAAUACUAACGACAACAAUACCAUCAAUACAAAUUCCAAUGCGAUAGAGGGAACAAACUUGAAGUUCGAAGAUCCAAAUAAUAGCAUGUUCAACCCCGAUGACUUUUUCCUGGAUAUUGUAACUGGUGGAGGAAGCAUCAAUAGUAAAGAGUUCUUCGAUAUAUAA